UCUGCCCCGUCUUCCCUCCCCUUGGCAACGUCGAUCACCAUUGCCGAUUGACACUUCUAGCUAGCUAGCUACCAGCAAGAACCCAAGGUAGCCAGUCAAGUCAAGUCGAGAUAGGAAAUAGCUAGGUAGCUAGCCAGGAUGAGUGGCGUAUGGGUGUUUGAGGACGGGAUGGUAAGGCGCGCGGACAGCGAGGCGCCAGGCGCGGCGGUGGCGCGGCCAAGCAAGGUGCUGGUGCAUGUACCGAGCGGUGAGGUGGUGACCUCGUACGACGUUCUGGAGCGGCGGCUGCGGGAGCUGGGGUGGGAGCGCUACCUCAACGACCCCUGCCUCAUCCAGUUCCACCAGCGCUCCACCGUGCACCUCAUCUCCGUCCCGCGCGACUUCGCCCGCCUCAAGCUCGUCCACAUGCACGACGUCGUCGUCAAGACCCGCAACGUCUUUCAGGUCCGCGACGCCACCUAGCUUGCAUGCCCGGCCGGCCUCGUGUGAUCUACAUAUCUGUGUUUGGUGUGUGUGAUCGAAUUGCGAGGGAUUAUAUGAUGUAGUAGCGCGUUGGUACUAUGCGCGCGUGCGUGUGGCUUGCCGGUCUGCAUGUGUGUACCUCUCCUCAAUAAGGAACAGGCAACUCCGGCCUGCUCGUUUGCGACUUUGGGUUGUUUAGAUCGUUUCUUCGAUUUGGCUAUUUUACAAGUUCCUGAAAUUGUA